GUAAUCACCUCUGGUGCCCGGGGCUCUCUUCUCCAUGGCUUUGAGGAGGGGACUUCCUGUAAGGACUCCAUCUUGUUUGUGUGAGGCUGACAAAGUCAUUUGGGGCCUGCUCUCUUCGUCCUCAGCAGCUUUCCUUGAUCUUCUCUAAACCUCCAGCUCCAGAUCCCACAGGUUCUCUUCAUAAGCAGCCCGUGAGGACAUUGGUGACAGGUCACUGCCUUCAGGCCACACCAUGGGGCAUAAUGACACAGGUAACUCCUUACAAAGAAGAGCAAGAUGCUCGGGUAUUUACCGAAGGAGGUAUAACAAUUGGUCUGGGCAUGUCCGUUCUGGCAUUGAUUCUUCAUCCCACCAGCAGCAAGAUGGAGAUCCAGCAACAAAUGACAGUUGCAUGAGCACCCGAGGAAGAUAUGCCCCCUAUGCCAUUCCAUCCUGUCAUUGGAGAGGCAGUUUUCAGAUGCAAGACCAAAUGCAAGCUAACAUGGAGGGAGAGCAAAAGUGUCCAGAGACAAGAAUGGAGGGGGAGAGGCAGGAUGAGACCUCCAGGAGCUGGUUCAAGAUCACAGUGAGUGUCCUGGCAAAAUGAACCCAAUGCACAGAAGGAGGUGAACAGAGGGAAUUAUGCUGGACUCAUAUAGAGAUGCUAGGUACUUUUCUGGGGGAGAGGAGUGGGUAAUCCGUCUUUUUAUUACUAGGAGUUAGCAUCUUAGAUCAGGUA